AUGUCAUCCUCCACGUCUGACCCUCGACUGCCGAAACAUGGUCUCUCUCUCGUUGAAGGGUAUCACUCCCCGCCAUUGUUGGAUCUCACAUUAGGCCAGCUGGCCGAUCAACAAGCAGAACGCUAUGGGGACAAAGAGGCAGUUCUCGUCGGAUGGACGCACACACGCCUCACAUUUCGUGACAUCAGCCGCCGUUCCAAGGCGGUUGCCCGUGGUCUUAUAGCUCUGGGGGUUGGCAAGGGAGAUCGCGUAGCCGUUUUCUCUGGUGACGACGAACGCUUUAUCGAGCUCAUUUUUGCUACGGGCAGGCUAGGGGCCUGUCUGGUUGUUCUAAACAAGACGUACACGCUUCAUGAGUGUCUUAGAGCUUUGAAGUAUUCUGAUCCCAAGGUCCUUUUCAUCUCAGACGAGGUCGACCGCCGCCCCACGGUGCCCAUCCUCGAACACCUUCGCAGAGCCCGUACUGGUUUACAACACGUUGUCCUGAUGCGAUGGGAUCAACUGCCGCACCGCCUAGAACCAACAUGGGACGACGUUCUGGAUGCAGCUCGCUCUGUUGAUUACUCUGAACUGGAAAGCUUGGAGAAGACCGUGGACGCAAAGGCCCUCGUCAACCUGCAAUUCACUAGCGGUACGACCGGCGCGCCAAAAGCUGCUAUGUUAUCACACCACAACAUCAUCAAUAAUGGCAUGCUAAUAGGGAACUACCUGGGUCUGAAUGCAGACGAUGUGCUCUGCUGCGGUCCGCCCUUGUUUCACUGUUUUGGCCUUGUCGCGGGCUUGCUGGCGACAUUCACACAUGGCGCUUCCAUCGGAUUUGCUGGCCGCGACUUCGACCCCCCACAGGUUGUCGACAUGCUGCUCCGAGAAGAAUGCACUGCCCUACACGGAGUCCCCACCAUGUUUACGGCAAUCAUGCAGUACAUGGACCGCUCGGGAAUCAAAGUCAACACGGUUAAAAAGGGCAUUGCCGCUGGCACAAAGAUACCCCCAGCUGUUGCGGCCGAGGUGCAAAAGCGACUUGGAUAUGAACACGUUGCCAUUCUUUACGGUAUGACGGAAACUUCGCCUGGCAGCUUCUUGACAGAGAUAAGCGAUAGCCCAAAGGACAAGCUGGAAACCGUCGGCCGGGUCAUGCCGCACACGAGAGCCAAGGUCAUUGAUAAGAAGGGGAAUAUUGUGCCCGUGGGCGUGCGCGGCGAGAUAUGCACGUCAGGCUAUCUCCUGCAAGAAGGCUACUUCAGGGCCCCUGACAAGACGGCAGAGGUCAUGAUUCGCGACGAGGACGGCAUCUUGUGGAUGCACACGGGUGACGAGGCAACUAUCGACGAGAAUGGAUACGCGCGGAUUACUGGACGGAUAAAGGACAUUAUCAUCCGAGGUGGCGAGAACAUCUAUCCUGUCGAGGUAGAGGAACGACUGCUCCAUCACCCGGCACUGAGUCACGCAUGUGUUGUCGGCGUCAAGGACGAGAAAUACGGUGAGGCCGUGACGGCUUGUCUGAAAGUGAGGCCUGGUCACGAGAAGCCACACCACGAGUCGAUUAGGGCAUGGAUUCAUGAGGAGCUCGGCCGGCACAAAGCCCCACAGCACAUCUUGUGGGUUGGCAAGGGGGAACUCAUCGAAGAGUAUCCAGUCACAGGGAGUGGGAAGUUUCAGAAGCACAUAAUGAGCGCCAUGGCGACCAAAGCGUUGAGAGGCACCGCUGCCAAGAUAUAG